GACAUGUGGUUUGGCAGAAAAUGAUAGAAGGACCGACAGAUGAGACCAGUCUGAAAGGUCUAGCAGAUGCAAUUAAACUGCUGUAUGACACAGAAGCUAGAGAAUGGACAGCAGAUGACAUUAUCAGUCUUGUGGAUGAGCUGUCAGUUGUUCCCCGGGAGUGGCUCAUGGAGAACAAUGCUCGGCUUCUUAUUCUGAGUGGAAACAACAUUUGCUUCACUUUCAUGGCCAGUAAAGCUGUGAAUGGAAGAACUGUUGAGUUAGCCAGACUCGUGGUGUUCCUGGCUUUGGUCUGCGAGAAGGACCUGUACUGCAUGGACUGGACAGUAAAAAUGAUGCAGAAGGUCUGCAAAGUUUUCAGCACUCCAGGGGAGAGAACCAACUUCCUGCAGUGUGUGGAGAACGCCUUCGCUCACAUGAUCAUGGACAUGCUACAGGCAGUUCUGUCCGGGGAUCGUGAUGAAGAGGACAGCAGCUUUUUGAAUUUGUUUCACCUUGUAAAUGCACAAGCGAACUUCCAUAAAGAAAUCCUGUACCUGACCAUGAGAAGCAACAGCAACACCGUUUGA